CUAGAAAGCAAGAGGGAUGUACAAGCUCAGAGGGGUCUGAUGUAGCAUUGAAACUUGAUGAAAGGAGCUGUGGUAUUACGGUCCACUUUGGAAACACGUUGAAGUCUGUCCAUUGUGAAAUUGGAUCCAUAAAGAAUAAGAUCUUUGAUUGUGAUACCUGCAUAUAAGAUCUGAACCAAAAAUGUCUUGUAUAGAUCCAUUUCAACACAUUACAGUGGAACACCAGUAUUCGCACAAAUUAACUGUGACGGUAUUGAAAGCCACAAAUGUUACGAAAGGGGCUUUCGGUGAUAUGCUUGACACUCCAGAUCCAUAUGUGGAGCUGUUCAUCCCCUCAGCCCCUGACUGCAGAAAGAGAACGAAACACUUCAACAAUAAUGUGAACCCUGUGUGGAACGAGACCUUUGAGUUUAUUUUGGACCCGAACCAGGAAAAUGUUCUGGAGAUCACAUUAAUGGAUGCCAACUAUGUCAUGGAUGAGACUCUUGGCACAUCAACAUUUCUUAUAUCCUCUCUGAAACUGGGGGAGAAGAAAGAAGUUCCAUUUACUUUUAAUGAAGUCACAGAAAUGAUUUUGGAAUUGUUUCUUGAAGUCUGCUCUUCAACUGACCUCCGGUUCAGCAUGGCUCUGUGUGAUCAGGAGAAGAUGUUUCGACAGCAGCGGAGGGAGAAUAUCAUGCACAAAAUGAAAACUCUUCUAGGAGCAGAAAACAGCAAGAACUUGGCCACUUCCCGCGAUGUAGAUUGGGUGGAAUUCAGUCCAUAUGAGAUUGGUAUGGCGAAGUAUGGCACAUUUAUGCCUCCUGAUUUGUUUGGAAGUAAAUUUUUUAUGGGAACAGUGGUGAAAAAACAUGAAGAAAACCCCCUGCACUUCUUCAUGGGCGUCUGGGGCAGUGCAUUUUCUAUAUUAUUUAACAGAGUACUUGGAGUUUCCCAUUCUCAUAAUAAAGGUCCCACCAUGGAGGAAGAAUUAGAAAAUAUUAGGCUAAAACAUCUUGUGAGCAAUGAUAGUUCGGACAGUGAAGAUGAAUCACAGGGACCAAAAGGCUCUGAAAAUCUUGAGGCUGAAAAAGAACUUCAAAGUAGCAGUCAAGAAAGCUGGGUCCAGCGCAUGCUGAUGGCCUUGGUGGGAGAUAGUUCCCUUUUCAACACCAGAGAAGGGCGUGCUGGGAAAGUACACAACUUUAUGCUGGGCUUGAACCUCAACACAUGGUACCCACUCUCCCCUCUAGCAGGCCUGGGUACUCAGGAAUCUGUGGAGGAGGAUGAAAUGGACACGGCAGUCGCAGAUCCUGAUGAGUUUGAGAGGAUAUAUGAGCCACUAGAUGUGAAGAGUAAAAAGAUUCAUGUAGUGGACAGUGGGCUCACCUUUAACCUGCCAUACCCCCUUAUCUUAAGACCUCAGCGAGGUGUUGAUCUCAUAAUCUCCUUUGAUUUCUCUGCAAGGCCAAGUGACUCCAGUCCUCCUUUCAAAGAAAUUUUGCUUGCUGAAAAAUGGGCCAAAAUGAACAACCUUCCUUUUCCAAAAAUAGAUCCACAUGUGUUUGAUCGAGAGGGCCUGAAGGAGUGCUAUGUUUUCAAACCCAAGAAUACUGAUACAGAGAAAGACUGUCCAACCAUCAUCCACUUUGUUCUGGCAAACAUCAACUUCCGGGAAUACAAAGCUCCAGGUGUUCCAAGAGAAACUCAGAGAGAGAAGGACUUUGCUGACUUCGAUAUUUUUGAUGAUCCUAAUACUCCGUUCUCUACCUUCAACUUCCAAUAUUCCAAUGAAGCUUUCAAAAGGCUUCAUGAUCUAAUGGAAUUUAACACUCUGAAUAACUUAGACGUGAUGAAGCAAGCAAUAGUGGAAAGCAUUGAAUACAGAAGACAGAAUCCAUCCCGCUGCUCUGUGUCCCUCAGCAAUGUUGAGGCAAGAAAAUACUUCAACAAGAACUCUCCAAGCACUAACCAUACAUAGGAUAUGUACUGCAGGUGCCACUCCUUCAAGAAAUUUGCUAAAUCUAUGUAACUGGAUCUGGACAUGCAUUACAACACACCAUUGCUCAGGUGAAGGGGCCAUGUGAAACUGAGGAAAGCAUUUUUUGUGAAAUUUCAUGUUUCACUGUGAUUUGUACUUUUUUACAUUUUUGUUUUGCAUCUACAAACAUUUACAAAAUUCCAGCAUAAAUGGCCAUUUCUUUAUUUUAAAAAAUACAGAAGUGUACAUGCUUUGGAUGCAAAGUAAUUUGGUUCAAAAUGCUCCUAUUUUUGUAAAACAUCUGCCAAUUUCAUGAAUAUUUUCUCUCAAUAUUUUCCAUUUUAAAUGUUUGUUAAAGUGGCGACUGUGCCCGGGUUCCUGGAAGGGCCACACUGAGAAUGCUACAUGCAGGGCAGACUGCAAGGAACAGGAGCAGAC